GUCCUCCCUCUCUCUCCCUCCUGGUAUUUAAAUCCCGUCUCUCCCUCUCCUCCAUUGCCAUUCCUCCCUCCCGGACUGGAAGAGCAGCAGACUCGUUCGCGCUUCCCGUCUCUCUCUCGAGCUCGAGCUCUCUCGGCGAGUGAGUCCCCUGCGUAUUCAGGUCUUGUUAAUUCGACGCCAUGGCCACUGGACAACUCUUCUCCAGCACCACUCAGGCUCUGUUCUACAAUUACAAGCAACUGCCUAUCCAGCGGAUGCUCGACUUUGACUUCCUUUGCGGCCGGGAAACCCCAUCAGUAGCCGGUAUUAUCAAUCCUGGUUCUGAAGGAUUUCAGAAACUGUUUUUCGGCCAGGAGGAAAUUGCCAUCCCAGUUCAUUCGACUGUUGAAGCUGCCUGCGCAACACAUCCUACUGCUGAUGUUUUCAUCAACUUCGCUUCAUAUAGGAGCGCUGCUGCUUCAUCAAUGGCUGCACUAAAACAGCCAACUAUUAGAGUUGUAGCCAUAAUAGCUGAAGGUGUUCCGGAGUCAGAUACCAAACAGCUAAUUGGAUAUGCACGUGCAAACAAUAAGGUUGUUAUUGGCCCUGCAACUGUUGGAGGCAUUCAAGCUGGGGCUUUCAAAAUUGGAGACACUGCCGGGACAAUCGACAACAUCAUUCAUUGCAAGCUGUACAGACCUGGAUCUAUUGGUUUUGUCUCUAAAUCUGGUGGCAUGUCUAAUGAACUUUACAACACUAUUGCCCGAGUUACCGAUGGAAUUUAUGAAGGUAUUGCUAUUGGAGGAGAUGUCUUCCCUGGUUCCACUCUCUCUGAUCAUGUUUUGAGGUUUAACAACAUUCCCCAGGUUAAGAUGAUUGUUGUACUCGGGGAGCUUGGUGGCAGAGAUGAGUACUCCUUAGUUGAAGCCUUAAAGCAGGGUAAAGUUACUAAACCAGUAGUGGCAUGGGUUAGUGGAACUUGUGCGCGCCUCUUCAAGUCUGAAGUGCAGUUUGGUCAUGCUGGGGCAAAAAGUGGGGGGGAGAUGGAGUCGGCGCAAGCAAAGAAUCAAGCACUAAGGGAUGCUGGCGCCGUUGUUCCAACAUCAUAUGAAGCCUUUGAGACUGCAAUCAAGGAAACAUUUGAGAAGCUGGUUGAGGAAGGGAAGACCACACCAGUUAAGGAAACCACACCUCCUCAAAUUCCUGAGGACCUUAACACAGCAAUUAAGAGCGGGAAGGUUCGGGCUCCCACGCACGUUAUUUCCACCAUCUCCGACGAUAGAGGUGAAGAGCCAUGCUAUGCUGGCGUGCCUAUGUCUUCCAUUGUUGAACAGGGAUUAGGCGUGGGUGAUGUCAUCUCUCUCUUGUGGUUUAAGCGCAGUCUUCCUCGAUAUUGCACAAAGUUCAUUGAGAUAUGCGUCAUGUUGUGUGCUGACCAUGGUCCCUGUGUCUCUGGGGCCCACAACACCAUAGUUACGGCAAGAGCUGGGAAAGACCUUGUUUCCUGCCUCGUGUCGGGUUUGCUCACAAUUGGUCCUCGUUUUGGUGGAGCUGUUGAUGAUGCCGCCAGAUACUUCAAGGAUGCUUAUGACAGGGGUCUCACUCCUUAUGAGUUCGUUGAGUCGAUGAAAAAGAAAGGAAUCCGUGUGCCCGGAAUUGGACAUAGGAUCAAGAGAGGAGACAACAGAGAUAAGAGAGUUGAGCUGCUCCAACUUUUUGCACGAACAAAUUUCCCUUCAGUGAAGUACAUGGAGUAUGCUGUCCAAGUUGAAACUUACACCCUCUCUAAGGCAAACAAUUUGGUCCUUAAUGUAGAUGGUGCUAUCGGGACCCUCUUUUUAGAUCUCCUUGCUGGAAGUGGAAUGUUCACCAAGCAAGAGAUUGACGAGAUUGUUGAGAUUGGAUAUUUGAACGGGCUGUUUGUGCUGGCACGUUCCAUUGGUUUAAUUGGGCACACCUUCGACCAGAAGAGAUUGAAACAGCCUCUCUACCGCCACCCAUGGGAGGAUGUUCUCUACACCAAGUGAUGUAACAUCAACCACCGGGUGCACUGACCAAACUGUCGUCUUCAAGCUACUUCCUUUCUCCAAAAAACGGUAUUCAGUUGUUAGCUUAUGGUUCGUAGGCAGUGGAAGGCUUCACACCCUUAUUCUUGAGUUCCAUCCAGAAGUCAAUGGACAGUGAAUUCUCUCUUGAUUAUUUUUGUCAAUGUAUGUCCAUUUUUAUGUUAUUACUGAUCAUAAACGUAUAGAGCACUCGGCCGAAGCGCAUGCAAAAAAGUUCAACCUAUGUAAUAGCGUCUGGCGCAAUAUACUCAUUUCUUGCUUUAAGUGGAAGGACAUGAGGCUAAGUUCAGUUCAAUAGAGCGUGCCAUGAUGUAUUCGUGGUUGUAAGUUUUAAGCGAUACUUGUGAUUUGUCUGUUUAUGUAAGCAAAGGGCUUUGUUCGGA